AUGGCAAACAAUGAAGGCAAAAAUGGAGGGUUACAGAAAAGAAGACAUCCUCCACAACUGUUUCGACAAAUGGAGCAAGAUGAAGUCGCUUUCCCGCAGACUUCUUGCACUGAGGGAGAAGAGUAUAACGUGAAAAUUUCUGUAUCUGCCAAUCACAGCCAUCUUUCAACAAAAUCAAACAGCCAUGCACCAAGCAAUGGAAAAACAGUUGCCGUAUCCACCGACAAGCCCGUUUUUCAUUCACCAGUAGCAGCUGUCAAGCAACAUCAUGGUAUUCACACUCGUUUCCCACCACCUGAAGAUAGCCGAGCCAGCAGUAGUACUGGUAGUGCAACAACGGGAGGUACAAGUGUAGAUAGUCAAAGCAGUGGUGGUAAGAACAGCAGCAGUGGUAGUGAUAAAGCUAGGCUGGCUUGUUCAAGUGCACUAAAUAGAGGGACUAGAUGUGGUAGCAGUGCUUCAUCAUCGACUGAAGAAACCGAAGCACGUGAAAAACGCUUUGGUAGUGUAGAUUUACAUCCUUUGCCUAGUGUCGCAUUAACGGCUAUAAUGAAUCAGGCAAUGCGUCGUAGUUUUUAUGCCGAAUCUUCAGUUCAGAAUGCUGAACAACUUCAAUAUGCUACGUUACUAGCUGCUCAUAAAAAUUAUGGAGACUCUUCAGGUCCAAUUGAUGUAAAAAUGAACACACCAUCUGUUCCAACAUCCAAAAAUGACUUGGUUAAUCUCUUUUCACAAACACCAUCACAUGGCAAUAUAAAUUCUGUGCCACCUUCUGUUCACAGUACGUCUGUUAAGAUCGAUUUGUCCAAGUUUAAUCAAAAUUUGCCAUUGCAUCUUAUCUCUCCUCAUUUAUGGCCACGAUUGAUUUGUCCAAUUCAUGGUGAUAAUUUAUUGGCUCAAUUUUCUCAAACUUUAUGCAAAGGAAAAAAUGAUAUCAGUGAACCAGACAGUGAACAAGAAAUGUCAAAUUUUCGAGUUCUAUCUACAAAAAAUGAACAAUCACUCACGAAUAUCAUACCAUCGACCCUAGAAGAGUCUAAACAAGACUACAAUAAUAAUGACAGUUCAAAACAAGCAACAAAUGCGACAAUAACUGCACCGGUGCCCGGAACAAGUGGUUAUGGGAUGCCAACAGUGGGGUAUUUUAAUAAUGUAUCUGAAUCAAAUGACAAUAACUCUGUUCAACCAAAUGGUCCUCAACGUAUUGGUCCAUAUUAUUUAGGUCCGACACUUGGUCGGGGUAAUUUUGCUGUGGUGAAGUUGGGAAAACAUUCUCAAUUAUCUGUAAAGGUUGCCAUCAAAAUUAUGAACAAAGAUUUGAUUGGUUCUAAAAAUCUUGGUAAAGUCUCGCGAGAACUUGAAGCGAUGAAACGUUGUCAACAUCCGCAUAUUAUCCGUCUAUAUCAUGUUAUGGAAACAGAAUCAAAUAUUUUUAUGGUUACUGAAUAUGCUAGUAAAGGAGAGGUAUUUGAUCACAUCAGUCUAUCUCAUGCAUUUACGGAGAAAGAAGCUAGGGAAUUAUUUUGGCAAAUUGUUUGCGCAAUCGAAUUCUGUCAUGCUUCAGGUAUAGUACAUCGAGAUUUAAAAGCAGAAAAUCUUUUAUUAGACGCUGAUUUCAAAAUUAAAGUUGCCGAUUUUGGAUUUUGCAAUUUUUUCCAAAAUGAUCAAUUAUUAUCUACACAUUGUGGAAGUCCUCAAUAUGCUGCACCGGAAUUAUUUAAAGGUGAACCAUACGAUGGAACAUUGGCCGAUGUAUGGAGCUUAGGUGUUAUUUUAUAUAUUCUUGUUUGUGGUUCAUUUCCAUUUCCCGGUGAAUCCCUUGGUGAUAUUCGUACACAAGUACUUCGUGGUCUUGUACGUUUUCCAUUUUAUUUGUCAACUUCUUGUGAACAAGUUAUACGAUGUAUGUUACAGGUGGAUCCUAUUCGACGAUUCAAAUUAAAACAGGUUACGACCACAGCAUGGAUGCAAGAGUCUCCAAAUGUGGAACAUUAUAAAUCACUUAUGAACAAAUAUCAAAAACAAGCAAAAGAACGUCAAUUCGAAGUUUUAUUUCAUCAUCAACAUCCGGAACAUAGUAAAAUAGCUAAAGAAGAAUUUCUAGAAAGAAUUGAGCGUAAACUUGAUAUUGGUGUUGUGAAAGCAUUGUCUAGAGAAGCAGGUUUAGAUGAAGAACAAAUUCGUCAGUCUACAAUUCAAAGGAAAUACGAUCGGUAUCAUGCAGCCUAUGAAUUAUUAAAAGAAAAAAUUAAAAUAUUUUAUCAUAAUCCUAUUCUACGAAAUUUCGUUAAUGAUGAAGCCAAAAAACAAGCAGGCAUAUUUUCCAAACUAGCUACAACUCCAAGACCUGCAUGUCAGCCAACCUCUGAUAUUCUAGGUGCAUGUAAUUUAUCUGAAGAACAAGUCAAUACGAAUGUUUUAGGCAUAACCACAUCAACAACACAACCAUCUGCUAUGCUUAGUGUAUUGGAUGAAACAAUGUUAGAAGAACAAACUCCUCCGAGCGAUAUUAUCAUGUCCAGUGAUUCUAGUGAUUCAUCAGAUGUAAUGAUGAAGGAUACUUCUUUGUCUUGUACUAGUAUUCAUACAACCACUUCUACAACAAUGAGUACUGUUUUUAUCACGACGUCCAAUACUGGAAAGUCCGAAAACUCUUGUACUUAUAAUAAACAGAAUACAACUGUUACAACUAACAAGAAAGAUUUCAGUGAAAGUAGUUUAAGAGAGUGGAAAUGUGCUACACAGCCAAAAAAUACUGAACUGAAUGCUGCCAUAUGUAUAUUAAAAGCUGAUGAAGAUGAAAUUCUCUCAAAUUUCGGCAUUGAUUCAGGGCCAAUUAAUAAAUCAUUUUCUAAUUCAAUACGACGUCAUACAUUACAAUUUACUACAUCAUUAUUUCGUAAACCAUCCAAUCAACGUGAUAAUCCUGAUAAUAUUUUAACAAAUACUGAUGAUGUUCACAAUCAUCAAUCGGAUACAUCUUCUACCACCAUCAAUAGUAUGUCCAUAAAAAGUUCAAAUGCAAGAGCUAAACAACCUCAUGAAUUAACUGAUGUGAAUAAUCAAAGCAAAAGUUCUUCAUCUGAUGACAGUAAUAGUAAUAAUAGUAAGACUAAUGGUAAUAGUGUUAAACGCACUACAGUACGUCGGUUUCCCCGUCAAAUUACUCAACCACAUUCAAAUCGAUUACAAUAUAAUCAAACUAGUCCGGAUAAUUCAGGUCAAAUAUUACUUACUCGUUUGGAUUGGUUACCAAAUACUUGGGAGACAACCCAGUCGGGCUAUCGGAAAUCUCAUUUACUACAAUCAUCAAGACCAUAUUUAAAUAAGAUCAGUAAACAAAAUGAACAAACAUUAACAUCACUUGAAUUAGGACAAGAAGCAGCUACCACAAAGUUACCAUCAUUGAAAAGGGAUACAAUCACCAUAGAGACAACAACAGGUGAUGAUGAAGAAGAAGGAGAGCAAGAUGAUGUUUCAAUUUUAAUUGAUCAGGAAAACAGCUUGCCAGAAGAAGUAUCACAGUCUAUCCAAUUUACAGAAAAUAUCUCAUCAGUUGGUGAUUAUAAUGUGACAGUAAUGGAUAAACCAAAUAUGGUGUCUGAAAAAAGUAAUACGUUUCUAUUAAAAGCAGAAUGUCCCAAUGCAGUUGAAUGCCCAUAUGAGUCUACGUCUAAAAGUCAACUGAUUCCUUCACAAUAUACUAAUCCACAAAUACCAUCAUGCGAUCCUUCGCUGUUAGAUCGUAUUCCAGAACAAAUUUCAAUAGAUAUGAACACAGAGACUAAUGAAAAAGUGAAUAAUACGGCACAUGUCCAAAUUGAAAAACCAACCUUACUAGAAGACCCUUGCUGGUCCACUGUUCGUAUUUCAGGUGGAGUGGAUGAAGAUGAUGAUAAUUCAUGUGAUCCAACAGCUGGAGUACUGCGUACACUACUUCCACAGCUUAACUUACCGGCGAACUUACCAGCUAUGAUUCACCAACCUGUAGCUUGUUUUACUGUUAAAGAUCCAAAUUUACUUGCUCCGCCAGAGUUUAUGACUCCACAUAGUUCUAGUUUUCCUCGUAGAUCAUCUGAUGGUGCAGCUGAUCUACAGCCACUUCAUCGACCUGUAAUCACGGUGGGGGGAAGUUAUCCGGAACAAGCGAAUUACCGUAAAGAGGAUUCUGGUGCUGAGAGUGAAAAUUCAUCUUUAGCUGUAAUCAAUACUGUGCAUAAUUCAAAACCAAAUCCCAUAGAAGGAGCCACAACAUCUGUGAAGAAUUCCGAUUGGAUUCAGACAUCUCGACCAAAAUAUGACAAUUGUGAAAAUUCAAAACCGUUAUCCUCUUCAUCUAGUGGUCAGCCGCAACAAAGCUGCCAACAACAGCAACUCCCGGAAUCUCGUUCUCGAUCAUUAGCUGCUCAACAACGUUCCCUAUUCUCUGCUUUACAUUCUCAAAGAAGACGUCUUCCUUUAGGAUUAUGGUGGAAACUUACACAUAAAAAGUUUAAUCAAGCUGGUGAAAAUUUAAAAAGUGAAUUAUGGGAUGGACAAUUUAUUCGACAUCAAAAACGUUUUAGUUUACCUGUGAAUUGUGGACCAUUAAGACAACCACCAGGCACCAUCAAAAAUGAACUACAAUGUAGGUGUCAUCAACCAUUAACUUCCGAUUUAUUACAAGAAAUUCAACAAAAAUUACAUGACACUUCAUGGAUUCAAAAAAUUCCAGCUUCUCAAAUUUUAAAUAUGCAGUGUAUAACUAGUGAAAAUAAAUUUAAUAUUGAAGAGAUACCCGAAAUUUAUCGUCGUGGAAGUGAAGCUAGUCAAAUGUCAGCAUGGGAGCAACGUUUAAGACAAUAUAAUGACCUAUAUGAUCCUGGCGCACAUGCUCAAGUGACAUCUAGUUUUCAUCAAGCAGUUCCUGAAAUAGAAGCAGAUGAAGACGAAGAAGAGAAAUUAGUCUCAAAUUAUCCAUUUUUUACUUCUCCAUAUACUGAUGAUACAUCUGUUCCAAAUACAAGAAUAAUAACAACUAAAUGUCGAGAUGUCAGUUCAAAUAAUGAAACAAGCAAUACAGUAACAGCAACAACAAAUACAAGUACUCCUCAAUUUGUACAAUAUAAAACACAACAAUAUUUAUCAAGUUCCGUCAUAGACGAUAGUCCAUUAAACUCUAUUACAAAUGAACCGUACGAUUCACACAUAAGUGCUCCAAGUGUUUCCCCAAUUAGCCAAUCAGGUAUUGAAUUGACUGAUUUGAAAACUGAGCUACAUAAUCUUGAAGCAGAAAGAAGUGCUGGACAUUCAUCUUUUACUGGUGGUUUACUGUUAUCCUCUAUAGAAUCAUCACGAUCGGUAGACGAUAAUAAAAUUCAUAAGUCGACUGAAUCCACCCAUCUGCCAGAAUUCAUAUUAUCUUCUGAAACAUCAAAUAUACCUUCGUUUUUAUCUGAUUGUGCCAUUAAUAUACAACAAUCCGCGUUACCGAUAAAAUAUACACUUAUACCAAACGAACAAUCUCCGUCUACUUCUUCCUAUACACAUUGGUCUAGUAGUGACUUUGAUAAUAAAACACAUCGUCGGGCAUCAUCUGUCAUCGAUAACCCAGUAACAUUAAAUUAUUUAAUUCCCCCUGACAGAGAUAUCUGUGAAACUUCAAAGGAAAACAUUCGUAGGCAUAGACAUUCUGUUAGCGAAAUGGUUGAUAAUAAACAAAAUUCUAAAUUUAAUUAUGAAUUUUGUUCCGGUGUAGGUUCGGAUGUAUUUAAUGAUGGUUCUGAAUUUCACCAACCCACAAUACAUGUGGGUUUAAGUACGGAUUUAGAAAAUACCGAAGUUCAACUACAUGAUGAGAUGAGCAUAAAAUCACUUUCUUCCUUUUCCAUGGUUACAACACCAGCUAACACCAAUAUGAAUAAUACAGGUAUUGGUCAGCGCCUUUUCGAACGAUUACAUCCUGAACGACCAAACUAUCUUCAUAUAUUACAACAUUCAGGCGGAUCAUCAGAUCGACGUUUGAGUCCUGACUUCCUAAGAAGUCCUCGUAAAAAAAUCUAUCAAGAAUGGUUACCUAAGUUAACUGAAUUAUCACACAAAGCAUUUGAUGUCGCUCGUGAUAAGAUGAAUAAAGUCAGAGCCACAACUAAUUCACAGUCAUUAGUUCAUAAUCUAGUCCAUUCAGAUAUACUUCAUCCAUCAACUCAUUGUUAUACAGCCAAUAAAACAAACUCAAUGCAUAAAGAUGAAUGUAAUAAUGAGUGUUGUUUGAGUGAUAUAAUUAAUAAAUCACAGAUUUGUCAGAAUUCCAAUACUACUGGUGGUAUUUCACAUGAGAAAGAUGAGAAAGUUAGUCCUGUAGAUGUUGAUCCAGACCCAGAGUUGGAGCCAGAUAUCGAUGAGGAAGAAGAUGAUGAAAAAGAUUGUGCUUUAGCUCCACUACAAACUCAUAUAAUUAAUGCAAACAACCCAUCGAUUCAUCAUUCAUCUCGACCGAGACAUAGGAUAAUGAAUCAAAAUAUCGGACAAAAUUUAACCUAUCCACAACAGGUAAUGCCUUUCUUUCAUGGUAAUUUACUUAAUCCAACUGUUAUUCAGCAACAGAAUCAGAAUACAUUAAUUUCUCAGUUACCUAGUGGUACUACUGGAAUUAAUAGUUAUGGCCUACAAGAUUUAGUCGAUUUCUCAAAUCCACAAGCUUUGCCUGCAGCGGCAGCUGCCGCUUCAUUAUUACUUUUCCGUUCGAGUGAUGAUGAUGAAGAUUUAGCUGCUAUUGAUCGUGUUAAUCAACGUUUAGCUUUAAAUAGAUUAACUGGGAAUUUUACAGAUACAAAUCAAUUAAUAAAUGAUUAUCCUAAUCUGCUUGGCCCAACACUUCCCCACCAAGUAUUAACACCUCAACCACAAUCGUUGUUACCGCCAACAAUAGAGCCAAUUAGAUCUUUACCUAUAACACAAUUGACUCUUCAAACACAAUUUCCACAUUCCACAACAAUGAAUGAAACUUUAGUUAAUAGACGAAGCAGUGUACUGUAUCAUGAUUCAGAUAACUUUUCCCAAUCUUCAACAAUUUCAACUAAUCCUCAUACGAUUACAAAUAUUAAUAAUAUCAAUGCACCGAUCAAUUCACAAGCACACAUAAGUUAUGAAACUACACCAAACUAUGAUCAAAAAUGA